ACCGAGAGGGCCGUAUCAAACUACGCCUUCAUGGAUGCUUCUACAAAUCAUCCAAUAGAUGAAACUCUGUUUAGCUUUGAUGAUUUCUCAAUGACAAGAGGAGAUUUCCACACCCUACGCAGCGGUGAAAUUUUUAGCACAUUCAUCGAUGUAUGGGCGUUGAGGCUUACACUCCUCAACACAAAACGGGCAUUGGGGAAGCCAAAGUGCAUCUAUUUUAGCACGUUGGUACAUCUUCAACUUGACCCAACUGAACAGUGGAUGAAGAAUCUUCCGCUUCAAAAGCGGAAGGAGAAUUUCAAUGAGCGGUUACAAUAUGAAAUUUCCAAAUUUGGAAAUCUUGACGUCAAUGAUGCUGAUUUGAUAUUUUUCCCCGUGCUUCGACACGAACACUACUUUAUUGUCUAUAUUAACACCAUCUCAAAAAGUGUUGAAAUCAUAGAAAACAAGAUGCUGCCUAAGGAUGUUACUGAAGCUGACAAGUAUGAAGAUUGCCCUAGUCUACUGAUGACUGCUUUGAAAGAGUACUUGACUGCAGAAAAAUCACCCCUACUCCGUAAGAUACAAAAGCUUCCUGUAUCAUACUUGGCCAUUCCUUGGAAGGAGCUUGACAAUGUCAUUGACUGUGGCAUAUAUGUCAUGCGACACAUGGAGUCGUACAAGGGGAAUGUUCAAGAUUGGGACAGUGGAUUCAAGAUAGGCACCUGUGUAAAUGCUGACUUCCUUUGGGAACUUAGAGUUAAAUACGCGUAA